AUGUUGAAAGGAAAGAGCUUCAUGUUCCCAGCCGCUGUGCUGUUCUACGCUCUAUUAGUCGUUAUAGCGCCUAUGUUUGCCAACAAUGGGUUUGCCUUAGCUGAAACUGAUAACUCUACUGAAAAUUAUGGUACUGUGAUUGGUAUUGAUUUAGGUACAACUUAUUCAUGUGUUGCUGUGAUGAAGAAUGGUAAAACUGAAAUUCUUGCCAAUGAACAAGGUAACAGAAUCACUCCAUCUUAUGUCGCUUUCACCAAAGAAGAAAGAUUAAUUGGUGAUGCUGCUAAGAAUCAAGCUGCUGCUAACCCUCAAAACACAAUUUUCGAUAUCAAGAGAUUGAUUGGUUUGAAAUAUAACGAUAAAACCGUUCAAAGAGAUAUUAAACAUUUACCUUAUAAAGUUGCCAACAAAAAUGGUCAACCAGUUGUUGAAGUUACUUUAGGUGAUGAAGAAAAACAAUUUACUCCAGAAGAAAUCUCUGGUAUGAUUUUAGGUAAAAUGAAAUCAAUUGCUGAAGAUUACUUAGGUAAAAAAGUUACUAAUGCAGUUGUUACUGUUCCAGCUUAUUUCAACGAUGCUCAAAAACAAGCUACUAAAGAUGCUGGUACUAUUGCUGGUUUAAACGUUUUAAGAAUCGUUAAUGAACCAACUGCCGCUGCUAUUGCCUAUGGUUUAGAUAAAACUGAUGGUGAACAUCAAAUCAUUGUUUAUGAUUUAGGUGGUGGUACUUUUGAUGUUUCAUUAUUAUCUAUUGAAAAUGGUGUUUUCGAAGUUUUAGCAACUUCAGGUGAUACUCAUUUAGGUGGUGAAGAUUUUGAUUUCAGAGUUGUUCGUCAUUUGAUCAAAUUAUUCAAAAAGAAACAUGGUAUUGAUGUUACUGAUAACCAAAAGGCUAUAGCUAAAUUAAAACGUGAAGUUGAAAAAGCUAAAAGAACUUUAUCAUCUCAAAUUUCCACAAGAAUUGAAAUUGAUUCAUUUGUUGAUGGUAUUGAUUUAUCAGAAUCUUUAACUAGAGCUAAAUUUGAAGAAUUAAACAUUGAAUUAUUCAAAAAAACUAUUAGACCAGUUGAACAAGUCUUAAAAGAUUCUGGUGUUAAAAAGGAAGAAAUUGAUGAUGUUGUCUUAGUUGGUGGUUCUACUCGUAUUCCAAAAGUUCAAGAAUUAUUAGAAGCACAUUUCAACGGUAAGAAAGUUUCCAAGAGUAUUAACCCAGAUGAAGCUGUCGCUUUUGGUGCUGCUGUUCAAGCUGGUGUCUUAUCAGGUGAAGAAGGUGUUGAUGACAUUGUCUUAUUAGAUGUUAAUCCAUUAACUUUAGGUAUUGAAACCACUGGUGGUGUCAUGACUACUUUAAUUAAGAGAAACACUGCUAUUCCAACUAAAAAAUCACAAAUUUUCUCCACUGCAGUUGAUAAUCAACCAACUGUUUUAAUUCAAGUUUAUGAAGGUGAAAGAGCUAUGGCUAAAGAUAACAACUUAUUAGGUAAAUUCGAAUUAACAAAUAUUCCACCUGCACCAAGAGGUGUUCCACAAAUUGAAGUUACAUUUGGUUUAGAUGCUAAUGGUUUGAUUACUGUUUCAGCCGCUGAUAAAGGUACUGGUAAAUCUGAAUCAAUUACAAUUAAAAAUGAUCGUGGUAGAUUAUCAAAAGAUGAUAUUGAUCGUAUGGUUGAAGAAGCUGAAAAAUUUGCUUCUCAAGAUGCUGAAUUAAAAGCUAAAAUUGAAGCUAAGAAUGCAUUAGAAAACUAUGCAGUUUUAUUGAAAAAUCAAGCAACUGAUGAAAAUGCAUUAGGUGGUAAAUUAGAUGAAGAUGAUAAAGAAACUUUAGUUGAUGCAGCAAAUGAUGUUAUCGAAUGGUUAGAAGAUAACGCAGAAACCGCUACUAAAGAAGAAUUUGAUGAUAAACAAAAAUCAUUAGAAGCUAUUGCUCAUCCAAUUACUCAAAAAUUAUAUGGUGCUCAACCAGAAGGUGAUUUUGAAGAUGAAGAUGAUGAUGAUUACUUAGAUCAUGAUGAACUAUGA